CAGAUUUGGGGGUUGGAAAGAGUUAAGAUUCAGGGUGCCGGUGAGGGUAUAGUUGAAUUCGUUAAAUUUGGGAUCAGCGUGCCAGGAACACACGGCCACUAUUUUCUCACGUGUUCUCACCACCUCCUUUGGGGUCUGCAGACCUUACAGAGAGGCAGACUUUGCGGCCCAGGUAGGAUUUCUCCUUGCCUGCUUCACCUGUCUCUGAGGCGGGCAGAGUGGAAGGUCUCCCCGCCAGCCUGGACACGCUGGAAAUCUCAGGCCUGGCCUGGUAUAGUGGAGGCAGGUGCCCUACGCUGGGACCUUUGGGGAUUGGGGUCAAGUGACAGGGGCACCCACUCAGGACCCCUGAAGCCCUGUUCUGGGCUGGCUGGCACCUGCGCAUGGGUUUUCUCCUUUGGUGAUUUCCAGGAGUACUGCUGAGGUCCCCAGAAGCUGGUGGUUUUUUUGGAGGGGGGCUGUGCCCCUCCCCACGGACCCUUUAGAAAGCCCCAAUCUCCCCCUGCCAUUUGCAUCCAAGAUGGACUCUCGCUGCCGCUCCUCAGGCUUCCUUGUCAUCAUCCCUCACGCCCUCCAGCCCUGCCUCCUGCUCGCGGGUUGCCAAGCCGCGGCCUGGCCGGCGGUGGCAGUGGCGGAGUUAGACAAAGCCCCCGCCUCCCCGCCGGAGAGCACCCCCCCCCAGGCGCCCCAAGUGGCGGGAAGGCCGCCAGCUCCCCAGGCCCAGGCCGCUCUUUGUCUGGCGUGGGGGCGGGGAGCUGCGCCUGGCCCCAGGAGCUGCUGGCCUCUGCCAAUCCCUCCCUCGGCUCGGGCCCUCCCUGGUCCCUGCACACUGCGUGCAUUGUCUGUGAUGCUCAGAGACUGUCGUGCUCACGCCCAGUCUGGUUUUCUCCCUGGCCUCCUGCAGCCUCAUGCUCUGGCCCUCCCUGUGUCUGCCGAAGUGCGUGGGCAUGAGUAGAACUCAGGGCCCUUCUGCCAUCUCUCUCCAGGGCCACAUCUCCCCCUGCCUUUUCAACAAAGAGUAAGGGACUGGCACUGACACAGAAUUGGGGUCACCUACCACAUCACAUGGUGAUGGGAAAGGCAAGCCCCGAGCUAUUACCCGACCCAAACCAGGAGAUUUCUCCUCCCUCUCCCUUGGCCUCGCAAGACCUAACCCUUGCCCCAUGGAAGAGUGGGAUGUAGGCCUUUAGACAUUGUGUUGGGAAUCAUUGCCCCAAACAGAUAGAGAAACUGAGGCCCAGAGAGGGAAGGGCCUCAUCCAAGGUCACACAGCCAGGAGUGGCACAGCCAGACCGGCUUCUGGUCCACGCCCUUGUCUGUAGGAGCUCAGAUGGGACUGGGAGGCAGGGAGGCAAGAAACCAUGACAAGCAACAAGGGGUGAGGGCUAAGGAUGGUGCAGGGAAUGCACUCCUGAGUCCUGCUCCCCUCCUGCCUAGGAACUGGAAUCUCCCAGACACUUUGGUGCUGUGCAGGGCUGCAUACUCCUCCCCUGGUCUUGCAUUCAGCAGCCUGGCCUUCCAGAGAGGUGUGAUAUCUUGGAGUGGUCAGGACUGGAACCCAGGUCUGGGGCUGCAAAGACCACAUUCACUGCCCUCAUCACAAGCUGGGAGUGUCCACCCGCCCUCCACCAGUAUGGCCACAUCCUCCCAGUACCGCCAGCUGCUGAGUGACUACGGGCCACCAUCUCUAGGUUAUACCCAGGGAACUGGGAACAGCCAGGUACCCCAAAGCAAAUAUGCUGAGCUGCUGGCCAUCAUUGAAGAGUUGGGGAAAGAGAUUAGACCCACCUAUGCAGGGAGCAAGAGCGCCAUGGAGAGACUAAAACGAGCCUCUUCUCUUCCAGGCAUCAUUCACGCCAGAGGACUGGUUCGAGAGUGCUUGGCUGAGACGGAACGGAAUGCCAGGUCCUAGCUGCCUAUCAGCGUAGAAGGUUUUCCAUCUUCUUCCAAGACCAGAAGUUACAGCUCAUCUCCCAUGUUCAGAUGAAACUCUUGUUUUCAAAAUGGUAACAGUUUGGUUUCUCCUUCCCGUGUCCCUCCCAUGGUUCAUGAGGCUCUGAGAUUGAGAAAUACUUUGCAGUUGACUAGGAUUUACAUUUUAAAUAGGAAUUACCCAGGGUUUUUUGUUUUUAUUUUUAUUUUUAUUUUUUUAAGCAUUUUUAUUUUUUUGUUUUCUUUUUUUUUAAGCAUUGAUUUAAAAGAUGCACGUAAAAGAUCCCUAUCUCACAGCAGAUAUCCCAGCUCCUUUCAUCCUCUUUUUGGAGUACACUUAAGUUACUCAGAUUGUUUUACAUGAUCUUUCAUAAGCUAAUACAACUUUGAGGGUUUUGUUUUGAGUGCAUACGUUUGCCACAUGGUGUGGAUUCUGCUUAAUGUAACUUCUUUUGAGCUUAAUUAAGCAUUUGCUUGCAUGACUAUUAGUGCUUUGAGGUCAAUUUAAAAAAUGCACAAGUUAUAAAUACAGAAGAAAGAGCAACCUACCAAACCUAACCUAACAAGAACUCCCCCUCCCCCACCAAAAUUUUCCUACUAAGACUGUGUGGAUUUCAGUUCUGCUUUUCCUGUAAGUUGGUCCAAACAUCUGGAAGAAAAUGACUAAAACUGUUUGCAUCUUUGUAUGUAUUUAUUACUUGAUGUAAUAAAGCUUAUUUUCAUUAACAAUUUGUAUAAGGUGUGGGUUCCUUGAAUCUUUAAGUGGUAUU